CAAAGCUACAGUUCUCAAGAUGGUGUCCAAAGUGGUGUUCUUUGCCCUCCUCCUGACCUGUGUCGUCGCCAUGACCUUGGCUGGCCCAGUGCCCGAACCGGAACCGGAACCAGGCUACGGCUACGGCGGAUAUGGCGGUUUCGGUGGAUUCGGCGGCUUUGGUCAUGGUGGAUAUGGCGGUUAUGGUGGCUACGGAGGUUAUGGUGGUCAUGGUGGUUAUGGUGGCUAUGGAUGGUCAGGCUAUGGAAAAUGAAGAAACUUCUGCCGAACCUUCCUUCCCUUUUGAAGAGAACGAUGAUGUAUCCAGAUCACCAAUCAUCCUUCGUUAAAACAUUAAGAGAUUUGGAUAAAGGUCUUAUAUCCUUUAAGACAUCUCGUUUCUUCAGCAAUUUGCAUUUCUGUGAAUUAAUUAGUCGUAUCUGUGCUUCCGUCCAUAAAAAAUGAUUCUGUUAUAUAGCACGAACUAU